GGUAGGGUGAGCGGCCUCCGAAGCAGAGCGGGGCUCCGGGGAGACACUUUUUUUUCCUCCCUCCUUCCCUCCUCUCCUCCUCCCUUCCCUUCCCCUCUCCUCCCCUCUCUCCUCCUUCCCCCCUCGGUCCGCCGGAGGCUGCUGGGGCGAGCGGGCGGCGUUGCAGACGCUUACUCUCCGGGGCCGCCCGGCGGGUAGCUGGCGGGGGGAGGAGGCAGGAACCGCGAUGGCGCCUCAGAAGCACGGCGGUGGGGGAGGGGGCGGCUCGGGGCCCAGCGCGGGGUCCGGGGGAAGCGGCUUCGGGGGUUCGGCGGCGGUGGCGGCCGCGACGGCGUCGGGCGGCAAAUCCGGAGGCGGGGGCGGUGGAGGCGGCGGCGGCGGCGGCGGUUACUCGGCCUCCUCCUCCUCCUCCUCCGCGGCGGCGGCGGCGGCAGCGGCGGCGACAGCGGCGGCGGCAGCGGCGGGGGCCGCGGUGUUACCGGUGAAGAAGCCGAAAAUGGAGCACGUCCAGGCUGACCACGAGCUUUUCCUCCAGGCCUUUGAGAAACCAACACAGAUCUAUAGAUUUCUUCGAACUCGAAAUCUCAUAGCACCAAUCUUUUUGCACAGAACUCUUACUUACAUGUCUCAUCGAAACUCCAGAACGAACAUCAAAAGGAAAGCAUUUAAGGUCGAUGACAUGUUAUCAAAAGUAGAGAAAAUGAAAGGAGAGCAAGAAUCUCAUAGCUUGUCUGCUCAUCUGCAGCUUACAUUUACUGGUUUCUUCCACAAAAAUGAUAAGCCAUCACAAAACUCAGAAAAUGAACAAAAUUCUGUUACCUUAGAAGUCCUGCUUGUGAAAGUUUGCCACAAAAAAAGAAAGGAUGUAAGUUGCCCAAUAAGGCAAGUUCCCACAGGUAAAAAGCAGGUGCCUUUGAAUCCCGACCUCAAUCAAACAAAACCUGGAAAUUUUCCGUCCCUUGCAGUUUCCAGUAAUGAAUUUGAACCUAGUAACAGCCAUAUGGUGAAGUCUUACUCAUUACUAUUUAGAGUGACUCGUCCAGGAAGAAGAGACUUUAAUGGAAUGAUUAAUGGAGAAACCAAUGAGAAUAUUGAUGUCAAUGAAGAACUUCCAGCCAGAAGAAAACGAAAUCGUGAAGAUGGGGAAAAGACAUUUGUGGCACAAAUGACAGUAUUUGAUAAAAACAGGCGCUUACAGCUUUUAGAUGGGGAAUAUGAAGUAGCCAUGCAGGAAAUGGAAGAAUGUCCAAUAAGCAAGAAAAGAGCAACAUGGGAGACUAUUCUUGAUGGGAAGAGGCUGCCUCCAUUUGAAACAUUUUCUCAGGGACCUACAUUGCAGUUCACUCUUCGCUGGACAGGAGAAACCAAUGAUAAAUCUACAGCUCCUAUUGCUAAGCCUCUUGCCACUAGAAAUUCAGAGAGUCUCCAUCAAGAAAACAAGCCUGGCUCAGUCAAACCUACGCAAACUAUUGCCGUGAAGGAAACAUUGACUACAGAUUUACAAGCAAGAAAAGAAAAAGAUACUUCAAAUGAGAACCGACAGAAAUUGAGAAUAUUUUAUCAGUUUCUUUAUAACAACAAUACACGACAACAAACGGAAGCAAGAGAUGACUUGCAUUGCCCUUGGUGCACGCUGAACUGUCGCAAACUUUACAGCUUACUCAAGCAUCUUAAACUCUGCCAUAGCCGAUUUAUUUUCAAUUAUGUUUAUCAUCCGAAAGGUGCUAGGAUAGAUGUUUCUAUCAAUGAGUGUUACGAUGGCUCCUAUGCAGGAAAUCCACAGGAUAUUCAUCGCCAACCUGGCUUUGCUUUUAGUCGCAAUGGACCAGUAAAGAGAACACCUAUCACACACAUUCUUGUGUGCAGGCCAAAACGAACAAAAGCAAGCAUGUCUGAAUUUCUUGAAUCUGAAGACGGAGAAGUAGAACAGCAAAGAACAUACAGUAGCGGCCACAACCGUCUGUAUUUCCACAGUGACACCUGCUUGCCUCUCCGUCCACAAGAGAUGGAAGUAGAUAGUGAAGAUGAGAAAGACCCAGAGUGGCUGAGAGAGAAGACCAUUACGCAAAUUGAAGAAUUUUCUGAUGUUAAUGAAGGAGAGAAAGAAGUAAUGAAACUAUGGAAUCUCCAUGUCAUGAAACAUGGGUUUAUUGCUGACAAUCAAAUGAAUCAUGCCUGUAUGCUGUUUGUAGAAAAUUAUGGACAGAAAAUAAUUAAGAAGAAUUUAUGUCGAAACUUCAUGCUUCAUCUAGUCAGCAUGCAUGACUUUAAUCUUAUUAGCAUAAUGUCAAUAGAUAAAGCUGUUACCAAGCUCCGUGAAAUGCAACAAAAACUAGAAAAAGGAGAAUCUGCUUCUCCUGCAAAUGAAGAAGUACCUGAGGAACAGAAUGGGACAGCAAAUGGAUUUAGUGAAAUUAACUCAAAAGAGAAAGCUUUGGAAACAGAAGGUGUCUCAGGGGUUUCAAAACAGAGCAAAAAACAAAAACUCUGAAAAAACAAAUCUAACCCUAUAUAUGGACAAACACUGAAAUUGCAUUUGAGGGAAAUAAGCCUCUUCCUAGGAAGAGUUAUUUUGUGUUGUAUUUGUAAAUUCUAGGUUCCAAACAGGCACAUUAGAUGAAGUAAAUGAUUUCAGCAAGGAUAUAUGUCAAGGUUCUGCUUUACUUCAUCAUUCAGCAUCACAUGCUUACCCACUUUAUUGAUGUCAUUGAAUUUUCGUUUUGAGCAUGAAAAGCAGUACUUCAAGGGAAGUAUAACCGCAACUAUUGUCUUAAGAAAUAUAUUGAAUUAAUCUAGAAAUUUCAUAUAUUUAAAUUAUUAUGCUUUGGCAUUUGUGACUGGCUAUUUUUCUACUUUGUAAUCAUGAGACAUUUUGAGGAGGGAAAAUUGGAAUGUAAUUUGCUUUUUCCUUUUUUAAAAAAUGAAAAAUUUUAAAAAACAUUUUACAAAAGAAUUGGGUUGCAUUACUAGUUGCAGCCAAACCUUGAUCCUUGAUUUUGAAAUCGUGUUAUCCAUUGAGAAUGAAAAAUUACAAUGCAAAGUUUUUGCUGUCGUAAUCCACGUUUCACUUGUGAAGUAGCACUUGUUUGUCUUAGGCCUGUUUGAGAAGGUGUUACCUUCCACACUGUUGUCCGGGAGCUUGUGUGGGCUUGUAAGGGUUACUGGCCAUUGGCUUUCAGGUGGGUAAUUUUUUGCUUUGCAUACCCAAAAUAUUUAAAAAAAAGAAAAAAAAACAAAAAAAACUUGAACCUUUUCUCCUUUCAUUUUCUAUCAGUUGGGAGGUCACAUGGAAAGUUUGGCUGUACACAUUUUUACAUUAGGUUUGUAAAUGAAGGGAGAUCAAGUUUGAGAUUUUUUAAUAUGCCACUUUCAGGAGGGCGUAGGGACAGUGUCUAUAAACAUGAAUCAGAAAAUGUUCUACUUUUUUUUCUUUGCAAGGAUGUCUUUGUAAUGUAUUUUCUGAUCAGAAUAUCCGAUACAGAUAAGCUGACUUGAAUUGUUUGGAGCAGUUUUGCCCUGUGUUGUGUGUUUUACGCACGUGUAUACAGUUGGAUUUUUUUUCCAACAGAAAGCAGUUUCACUACUGGCACAUUGAGUGAGCACCAAUAGGUUUGUAUUCCAACUCCAAGCACUGUGGUUGAGUAACAUCACCUCAAUUUUUUAUUGUCCUUUAAAGAUGUUGCAUUUUCAUAUUCUUUAUUUAUAAAGGAUCAAUGCUGCUGUAAAUAAUUUCAUAAUUUUAAAUUUCAUUCCACUACCAUCAGAUGCAGUUCCCUAUUUUCUUUAGUGAAGGGAUAUAUAAGCUUUCUAAUGGUGUCUUCAGAAAUUUAUAAAAUGUAAAUACUGAUUUGGUUGGUCUUUAAGAUGUGUUUAACUGUGAGGCUAUUUAAUAAUGUGGAUGUGAUUUGUCAUCCAGUAUUAAGUUCUUAGUCAUUGAUUUUUGUGCUAAAAAAUAAUAGAAAAGAGGGAAACUGCAGCUUUCAUUACAGACUCCUUGACUCCCUGUGGAGUUACCAUAAACUCCCAUUUUGCCUCUGGGUAGUGGGUUUCCAGCAUUUCUCUCGGGCUUUAAUUUGCUAAAGCUGUGCACAUAUGUAAAAAAAAAAAAAAAGAAAAAAAUAGAUUAUUUUAGGGGAGACGUAGGUGUAGAAUUAUUGCUUAUGUCAUUUCUUAAGCAGUUAAUGCUCUUAAUGCUUAAAAGAAGGCUAGCAUUGUUUGCACAAAAAGUUGGUGAUUCCCUCCCCCAAAUAGUAAUGAAAUUACUUCUGUUGAGUAAACUUUUUAUGUCAUCUUAUAAUAAAAGCUGAAAAAACCCUUUGUUUCUAUUUAUAAUAAAAAAUGCUUUUCUAUAUGUACCCUUGAUAACAGAUUUUGAAGAAAUCAUGUAAGAUGAUAAAGCAUUUGAAUGGUACAGUAGAUGUAAAAGAAAUUCAGUUUAAAAGAACAUUUGUUUUUACAUUAAAUGUUUAUUUGAAAUCA